AUGGAAGCAGGACAACGGCCCGACAACAGAUCCUCGUCAAACGGAGAACCUACACCUUCAAACAUUCUAUUGGACUAUUUACCAAUGAUCACGAAAGUUGUAGUAGGAAUCCUUCAUUCAAUAUAUGCAUUUAUCAACCUAAUAUUUCUCAGCAUAUAUCCAGUAGAAAAAUCUUUAAAAGAUAAAAUUGUACUCGUGACGGGCGCCGGCAGAGGACUUGGUCGAGAGAUGAGCUACCAGCUGGCCAAGGAGGGUGCAAAAGUGGUGUGCGUGGACAUAAACGCAGAAGGCGUCAAGGAGACGGCUGACGUUAUCAAUGGCGGCAAGACAGGAGAGGACGCGACAGCCGACUUUUAUACGACCAACGUGGCUGAACCGAGCCAGGUGAACGAAUUGGCCAAGGCGGUGGAAGAGAAAUGGGGCAAGGUGGACGUGCUGAUCAACAACGCUGGCAUUGUGGCCAGCGCACCGUUGAUGGACACUACUGAUGAACAAAUCAAGCGCAUGAUCGACGUCAACCUGGUUUCACACUUUUGGAUGGUACGCGCCUUUUUGCCGGCCAUGAAGAAGCGCAACGAAGGCCACAUCGUUGCCACGUCAUCGGUGGCCGCGUUCACGUGUGCGGCCAACAUCGUACCUUACGCAGCUACCAAAUACGGUGUCACGGGUCUGAUGGCUAGUCUCAGGGAAGAACUCAGGGCCAACCCGUCGAACAACAUAAAAACCACAACCGUCCAUCCGUUCUUUUUGGACUCUGCCCCGAUAAACGUUAAACACUGGGAUGUCAAAUCCGCGUUGCCAAUCGUAUCGAUUCCUCAAGUUGCCAGUGCAGCAAUUCAAGGAAUUAAAAGAGAAGACGUCGUUGUAACCGUUCCAGAAAUAUUGAGACUGAUCAUGCAAAUACUAUGGAUUGUGCCUCAGAAAUCGGCAGAUUAUUGGCGAGAUGCUUUUAGUUCAAAAAUCAAUUCAGUUUAA